CAUUGCCUUUUAUUAAAUCUAUUUAUUUAACGGCGUCAUGAGCUUGGUAUUACCCAAAGAUGAAUUUGGCGAAGAUGUUCUUGCUCCGAAGGAACCUCAGAUUGCUUCUCAAGAUCCUAAUGAAAGGAAAGCUGCAAGAGCACUUCGAAUUAAACGAAGGCAGGAAGCACUUAAAAGAGCCGAACAACCCCUAGAAGAUGCUAUUAAGGAUGAGGAGCCAGGUCUCAUCGAGCAGGCCACCACCGCAGCCGCUCAGGAGAUACAACGGCUGGCGCUGGACGGAGCUGCUAAAGUCACCAACGUCAAGGUCACCACUGACGAACGAGAGGUGCUACGACGGGUGUUGUUCACUGAUAAAAUGAAGGAUUCCCUAAAUAAAAUUGAAGAGGAAGCAAAUGAUGCUCAAAUACAGUAUGAAGCGAUAACAGCCAACUGGAAUACCAUGUUGUCUAUAAAAGAUCCAUUGGAAAUUGAUGCCGAAAUGAAAGAGCAAAAGCGAAAAUGUGACGAACUCUUGGCGCAAAAGAAUAGUUUGCUUAACGAUUUAAAAAGCGAUUUAAAACAAAUGGAUCGAACUUAUUACAAAGAUUUAGAAAUUCAGGACAACGACAUUAAAGAACUUUCGGACAGGAUCGAAAAACAAAUCACUAUAAUGCAAAAAGCUUAUGCCAAGCAGUUGAGUCUUAUAGAACAAGCUAUAAAUAUCGAGCGAGAGGCAAUGAUAAAUCUUAACAACAAGAGAUGGGAGGCCCUGUAUAAGCAACGGGAUAGAGAAGAGGUGGCUCAUAUGGAAUAUAAAUAUGAAAAGCUCGAAGAACACAAACAAGAAAUGGAAGUUAUAAUGUGGGAGCAUCACGCCAAGUAUAGGGAAGCUAAAAUAGAACUGGAAACACUCAUACAGGAAUUACAAAAGGAAUUGGAGAAAUUAAAAGCUACUUGCCUUAUUAAUACGGAGAAAAUUGGAUACAAUUACCAAGUGCUCAAAAAAAGGGAAGAGGAGAAUGUUUUCGUUAGGUCCCAACAGAAACGCAAAUUAAACAAAAUGUCGGAUAUUGCGAAUGCCCUCCGCGCCAAAAUACGAAAGGCGGCAGAAGAUGGUGCUCUAGAGGAAAUCAAAGCGGAUACGGAGAUCGUGAAACUGAUGCAGACUAUGGAAGACAUCGAGAAGAAGGCCCGUCACUUCGCUCAAGUUAACAACUAUAAAUUCUUACAGGUAUGGCGCAUGUCUUCAGACCGCUGCACGGAGCUGGCGCGGUGCGUGCGCGACGCCGAGGUGUGCAUGCACGAGCACGUACUCGCGCAGGCCCCGCCCCCGCCGCACGCUAAGCCACCCCGCAACCCUUUUACUAAAUAUGAGAUGGAGCGCAAAAUAGUGGAUUUUACCGACCAAAAGGGUGCUAAUUCGACCUAUAUUUUAGAAGAAGGAAAAGACAAAUUGGUUCGUCAUAUUUUACAACUAGUCGCUGACAACACGGGGUUCUUGGUCGAAGAUCGUCUGCUGAAAUUGAUAGAAAAGUAUCAACCUACAUCAAGAAAUCUUUGUACACUGGAUUCCAUUUUUAUGGCUCUAGAAAUUCAAGCGCAAGAGGAUGUAGAUCUGUUGUGUACAGUAUUUUUAAACUAUGCUUUCUGUCCGCGAUGUGCGACCAUCGAUGACUCCUCUGAUAUGGAACAGUCAACUUCAGGUGAGAAGUUUGCAACAAUGCAUACGCGUAUUAGCGCUGCAAGAAGUAGUAUGUCCGCCAGUACAUCUAGAUCAGCACAUGUUGGCUUCAGGAAUAUGGAACUAACGGAAUCAGAUGAAGCUCUCGUCACUGAAGCUGAAGAAAUCAUACAGAAAUACGGCGAACCUAAAUUUGGCAUGGCAACUGAGGUCUCGUCUACGGAGGGAUCGUCGUCGAAGCGCGCGGCCGGUCGCGUUACGGUCACCGUCAACGAACCUACCGUCGCAGAAGACGCGCCGCUACCGAGAGAACAGUUUCUGUGUCCUAUGGGUCACAACUUGGAAAUAGAACCAAUGCAAGUGUUGACUGCCUUGAACGAGUUUAUGUCGGUCUUUGUUCCGCCUGAGAAGAAAAAACUUUAUGCAAUCAUGUAA